AUGGCUCCACACCCACUGGUAUUUAGCCCCAUCAGCCUCUGUCGGGACGUCCGGGCGCAGACAUCUCAUGAUGUCUUUCUCUGCGGGCACUUGCAGGCGCUCAGCUACACGCAGGCGCUCAGCUGGUGGCUCAUGUCUGUCAGUGGAGCUAUAACCAUCCGCGAGCUGGAGCACCUGCAGGUAUCUCCUCCUCAGAUCAUGUGGCUCAUUCUGAACUCAGGGCCUGGAGACAGACACAGAAGCCUGAAGAGGAAGAGGAAGAAGAAGGGUCACUAUCAAGUUUACGAGGAGAAUCCGCAGCGUGAGACCAGCGACAGAGGCACGGGGCGGAAGCUAAACGGCUGA